AUGGAGCUUGUUUGUGCACAAGUGACUAUUGCAGCUUUUGCGGGACUUAUCUUCUUCCUGUUUUAUUAUCAUCAUAGACGAUGUUGCAGAGAUCCUCUCUUAACCAAUUGGCCUCUUUUGGGGAUGCUACCGCCGCUUGUCACUAAUUUAUGGCAGAUUCAUGAUUUUGCAACUCAGGUUCUCCAAAGACAAGCAGGCACUGGGAGCUUCAUCGGACCUUGGUUUACUGGAAUGAACUACCUCGUCACCUGUGACCCCAUGAAUGUGCAUCACAUGAUGAGCAAGAACUUCGUCAACUACGUAAAGGGGCGUGAGUUUCGUGAAAUCUUUGAAGCUUUCGGGGAGGGGAUUUUCAUUGUUGAUUCUGACACGUGGAAAUACCAUAGGACGCUUCUCCAUUCACUGUUUAAGAAUAAGAGCUUUGAAAUGUUUCUUGACAAGAUUGUGCGAAAGAAGGUGGAAAGUUGUCUCCUUCCUCUUUUGGCUCAUGUAGAAAGGAAAGGGAUUGAACUGGACUUGCAAGAUGUGUAUAAUCGCUUCAACUUCGACACUAUUUGCUCCACAGUCUUGGGAGCAGACCCCAAAUGCCUGGCCGUUGACUUCCCAGACGUUGCAUGUGAGAGAGCUUUCAAUGAAGCAGAGGAGUUUAUAUUCUACAGACACACGGUGCCCAAAAGCAUCUGGAAGCUUCAGAGAUGGCUAGGAAUUGGACCAGAGAAGAAGAUGGCCAAAGCUUGUGAAGUUUUUGACAGGUUCCUCCAUGAAAGUAUAAAAUCAAAAAGGGAAGAGCUGAGCAAAAACAACGAAAAGGAGAAAGAAAACGAUGACUUGCUAACAUGUUUGAUGAGGGAGGAAGAAGGAAAAGAUCACGUGGACGACAGAUUUCUGAGAGACACAGCUUUUAAUCUUUUUGUUGCAGGCAGAGACACCAUUACUUCAGCUCUCACAUGGUUCUUUUGGCUUGUUGCUAAACACCCUUCUGUAGAAGCCAAGAUUCUGGAAGAGAUCAAAGAAGAAAAGGAAUCCAAAAAUCAAGUAUAUCUCCAUGGUGCUCUCUGUGAAGCUCUGAGACUGUACCCUCCCAUACCUUGA